CGGACUGUUCCGCGGAUUUGUCCUUUCAUCUCUUCCUUGUUCGUCGUUGCUGAGAGCUCCAUGUACAUCACGGUCCAGCUGCGCCUUUCUGCCAUGGAUGACGGCCAGUAGGCGAUUUUGGUAUUGACUGCGAUGAACGGUUCCGCCAGGAUCGCGGUGUGCGUGGCCGGGUCGUCGCAUCUGAGGAAUGCCACCAUGGGGUCCGCGUAUUUCCCUCCGCUUUUGCUCCCAGAGUCGAGGAUUGGGGUGUAGUAGUAGAUGGGGUGUCGAAGAGGUGUUGGCCGCCCACAGCAAAUACAAGUGCAAUCGUCUUCCCUACCCCCCACUUCUCGAUCGUCUCUCUUUGUUCUUGGGAUACUCCGCGUAGCAGCCUCUCUGAGCUGAUAUGGUGCUCCGGGAAGGUCCCGCCUUGAAUCCUCUGGAACGGGUUCUCACCGUUGGUGUUUGGUCUCGGGGCUGGACGCUCUGCGAUGAGUUUCAGGUGUGGGUUUUCGUCGCGGCCCGUUGGUGUUUGGGUAGCGAACUCUUCUUUCGUCGGGCGUACGUAUGUGGGGUGGGGCGUUUCG